UUUUAGUCAAGUUGUUUCACUAUGGGAACUUACCAGCCAGAAUCUCUCUCCAGAGCCACCAACUCCGAUAACGAAGAAGAUGUUUCACCGAUUGAACAAGUCCGGUUAACGGUGACCAACACCGAUGACCCGACCCUACCCGUAUGGACAUUUAGAAUGUGGUUUUUGGGCCUUUUCUCUUGCUGUUUACUCUCCUUUCUCAACCAAUUUUUUUCCUAUCGGACAGAGCCUUUAGUUAUAACACAAAUAACAAUCCAAGUAGCAACUCUACCAAUUGGUCACUUCUUAGCUACGGUUCUACCUACGACGAAGUUUCGGGUACCUGGCUUCGGGUCGAGAUUGUUUUCGCUGAAUCCAGGCCCGUUUAACAUGAAGGAACAUGUCCUCAUUUCUAUAUUUGCAAAUGCUGGAAGUGCUUUUGGGAAUGGUUCAGCUUAUGCUGUUGGAAUUGUGACUAUUAUCAAAGCUUUUUAUCACAGGAAUAUCUCAUUUUUGGCUGGUUGGCUUCUUAUUAUUACUACUCAGGUUUUGGGAUAUGGAUGGGCUGGACUUCUAAGGAAGUACGUAGUGGAGCCCGCCCACAUGUGGUGGCCUGGUACUUUGGUUCAGGUCUCACUUUUCCGGGCCUUGCAUGAGAAAGAUGAUCAGCGCAUGUCCAGAGCAAAGUUUUUCCUCAUUGCAUUGGUAUGCAGCUUUUGCUGGUAUCUAGUACCAGGAUAUCUAUUCUCAACGCUCACGAGCAUCUCAUGGAUCUGCUGGGUAUUCUCCAAAUCAGUAACAGCUCAGCAAAUUGGAUCAGGCAUGAGGGGCCUUGGGCUUGGAGCUAUAACCCUAGAUUGGUCUGCUGUGGCAUCCUUCUUGUUCAGCCCCCUCAUCUGCCCUUUCUUUGCCAUCGUCAACGUCUUCGCAGGGUACAUGUUGAUAAUAUACAUCGUGAUCCCAAUAGCAUAUUGGGGGUUUGACUUGUAUGGUGCUUCCAAAUUUCCCAUUUUCUCAUCGCACUUAUUCACAUCACAAGGUCAGAAGUACGAUAUCUCAGCCAUUGUGAAUGACAAGUUUGAGCUAGAUAUUGGGAAAUAUGAGGAGCAAGGGCGGAUAAAUAUGAGCAUGUUCUUUGCUCUCACUUACGGUUUUGGUUUUGCUACUAUAGCAUCCACUCUUACACACGUGGCAUUGUUCUAUGGAAGGGAAAUAUAUGAAAGAUUCCGAGCUUCAUAUAAGGGAAAGGAGGAUAUUCAUACAAGACUAAUGAGGAAAUACAAGGACAUACCUUCGUGGUGGUUUAAUGCAUUGCUUCUGGUGACACUAGCAGUCUCCCUAAUCCUCUGCAUUUUCUUGAAUAACCAAGUCCAGAUGCCAUGGUGGGGGCUUCUAUUUGCAAGUGCUAUUGCUUUUAUCUUCACGCUUCCAAUCAGCAUCAUAACAGCUACAACAAACCAGACCCCCGGCUUGAACAUAAUCACCGAGUAUGUCAUGGGAAUAAUACUACCAGGACGACCAAUAGCCAACGUGUGCUUCAAAGUCUAUGGAUACAUGAGUAUGUCACAGGCUGUCUCUUUCCUCAGUGACUUCAAACUGGGCCACUACAUGAAGAUCCCCCCUCGAUCAAUGUUUUUGGUUCAGUUUUUAGGAACAAUAAUUUCCGGAACUAUCAACAUAUCCGUGGCAUGGUGGCUGCUAAACUCCAUCGAGAACAUAUGUCAAGAUGAUCUCCUCCCAUCAGACAGUCCAUGGACAUGCCCAGGCGAUCGUGUCUUUUUUGAUGCAUCAGUUAUCUGGGGUUUAGUCGGACCAAAAAGGAUUUUUGGAACUUUUGGGAACUACAGCUCCAUGAACUGGUUCUUCCUUGGAGGCGCAGUAGGACCUGUAAUAGUGUGGCUAUUGCAUAAAGUGUUUCCAACACAGUCAUGGAUUCCCCUGAUCAACCUUCCAGUUCUUCUGGGAGCAACAGGUGCCAUGCCACCAGCAACACCAUUAAACUAUAAUGCAUGGGUCAUUGUUGGCACAAUUUUCAACUUCUUCAUCUUCCGAUACCGAAAGCAAUGGUGGCAAAGAUACAACUACAUUCUAUCUGCAGCGCUGGAUGCAGGAGUAGCUUUCAUGGCAGUCCUACUAUAUUUCUCGUUAGGAAUGGAGCAAAAAGGGCUGACAUGGUGGGGUACCAACGGAGAACACUGCGAAUUGGCAACUUGUCCAACAGCCAAAGGCAUAGCUGUUGAUGGGUGUCCAGCUAGAUAAGUGGAUAUAUUCAGUAUAAUUUUUGUGUAUUUAAGGUCCCAAAAAACUCUCUAUGUUCUCUCAAGUAGUAUUCAGAAGUUACACACCUAUAUUCUGGAAAAUCAUCACCGAGUUAUUGCAUGUUCAGGUUCUUUGUACUAUUUCUCCCACCUAAAUUCUCUCUUGUAAGUAAUGACCAACAUUCUUGUGGAAAAGGACUGCUCACAUCUUUCACAG